CUCUAUCAAUGUUGUCAGUAAUACUGGUUCAGGGACUGUUUGGUCUUUGAGAACAACUCUGAGUGCUGUCUUAAUGGAUUUUACUUCUCUCUCCCAUGUGCCCCCAAAAUGUGGUGCGCUUGGAGGAUUGAAUCGGAAUGAAAUCUGGUGCUCUGCAAGUUGCUCUCUCAACUGUGGUUCCAUUGAAGCAACUGCGUCACGUAAUUCACGUUCUCCACCAACAAAGUUGGUACCGUUGUCCAUGAGGAGUUCAGAGGGUUUUUUGAGUAAUGCUGUGGCUCCUUCGUAUUCUGGUGAAAGUGAUGCAAGUCGACUGUCUGAAGGCAGAGACCGUUCAGCCUUGAGCGCUCUCAACUCUUCUGGAAAACAAUCUCCUUGUGCCUUUUGCAAUAUAAGCUUUUCGGCUUGCAGAAAAUCCACGGCGGAAGGUGGGGAUGAAGCACCAGCAUCAGCCGCCCCAUUAAGGGAGCUAGCUGUCUCUUGUAGAAGCUGUUUCCAUGUGGAGAAUUUACUGAAAUCAGUUAGCUGAGUAGAUGAAGCACUGGAAAUAGUUCCAACAAAGGCGGAUUUCCUCAGCUCUGUAGCAUCCGGUUCAGGUUCAGUAUAUGGGGAUUCAGUGGUAACGUGCAGACAGGAAGGCUGAUGGGAAGAUGCGGAGACCACAAACGGACCUUGUAGGGACCAGCCUAGGUUGGUACAGAUUGCUAUGGGCCCGCCAGAUGGGCCUGCUCGCACCGGCUCUGUAGGAGCAAGAAGCUGAGACAUAUCAGAACCUAUGAGGAGUGGCGGUUGCGCUCGAUGGAUAGGCAGCAAAGGAAGCUCUUUGAGGUGCUCGUAGAGUUUUUGGAGGGCCGCUACUGGAUAUGUGUGCUGAGAUAGGCUCAGAUUCUCAGCUGUGAAGGCAUUUUUAAUCCAAUACUUCUUGCUUGGCUUGAAGAUGGGGGAGACGUGAAGGCUGACUGACGAACCAUUGAGCACUUUCACUUCUUGUUGAACAGUUCUCAGGUGAAGGGUUUCAGGAUGCUUAGCAAGUUGUAGUUGCUCUACUGCAUAGGGGAGGAUGAGUGUUCUCUCAGAACCAUCAUCGAGCACAGCAAAUGUCUCUAGAGUGCGGUCUCCAUUUUGUAGGAGCACUUUAACAACUUUCAGCAAAACUCUUUGAGGGCUUUGAGGCUGUUCCAGGUAGACUGUGGGUUUUUGGUUACUCAUCAUCAGGACUUGUUGAGAUGACUCUUGGAUCGUGUCAUGCAGUACUGUGAGGUGCGUCUCUUUGCAUAAUUUACAAGGGCGUUUAAGCGUACAUGCUGCAGCUUUGUGGCCACGACCGCACUUCCAACAUCUGUUACCUUCUUGGAUCCACUUAUUGAUCUCACUGGUAUUCAGUUUCUUGAAGUCCAGGCAUGAGUUGAGGUAAUGUUCCUUACUGUUGCAAAAUGGACAAUAAGGACUAGGUUUAAAGGGUUUUGACUUUGUCAGAUUGGUGCUCUGGCUGCUACCAGUCUCACCAGAACAUAGGAGAACUGAUGCUGUCCUUUGUUUGGGCCAUGGACUAUUAUAAUCCCUCUUGGCCAGAGGAGGCCCCAGGUUGUAGAGGUGAGUGACUCGGCUGGCCAGGCGCUUAGCUUGAGCUUUAACUUGGAGCCAGGAUGCCAGGUCGGGCAGGGUGUAAGUUUGGUUGGUACCUGGCUGUAGGAUGCCUCGACAAAGACAGUAUUCCAUAAAUCCAUCUCGGUGUGCAGGAGGCAUUUUACUUAUUAGACGGUCAACGUGAGAACCACAUUUGAGCUCGUAUCCAAGGGGUCCCUCUAAAGCCUGCAACAUACCAACUAAGGUCUGAACUGAGAGAGCGAAGGUGUCGAAAGCUUCUGCAUCCCCCACUUUGAUGGUGGGUGAGUUCAGGAUAGCUCCUAGUUCACUCUGUACUAGUUGUCUAGGCUGGCCAUAUUUGUCUUGUAGAGCCCCUAGCGCAGCCGUGUACGGGUUUGGGUCAUACAUGAAUGACUUGGCUAACUGCAGAGCGUUAGGGAGUUUGAGCUGAUUUAGUAGAACUUGAUAUUUGUAUUGCUCGCUCAGGUGAGGAUGACUAUUCAUCAAGUUCUCUAGCGCCAUCUUGAGUAGGGCGAAAUCACUUUCCCGGCCACUCUCAAACCUUGGAAGUACUGGUUCGGGAAUGCCAUAGGAUGUAGCGUUUAGCGUCUCGAUGCCCGGGUAGGACCAGGGUGGUGCUGCCGGGGAUGGAGUAGCAGAUGGUAAUGUGUAUUGAACAUACUGCCCAGCAGGAGGAGGUGCACCAGCUGGAACUGGUGGUUGUGGCACAAAAGUUUGCAUGGUUUGUGGCACUGCGGCUGCAUGUGUCAUUGUUGAUGCAUAACUAGAUGUGGGAAAGACUGGCAUAUGUUGACUUGUGAAAGACACAGAUGCAGGAGCUGUGACAGAGACAGGAGCUGUAGUGGGGCCUACUAAAGUCGGGACACAGGUUUGUGCACCUUGGACAGGAAUGGGAAUCGUUGUCAAUGGCUGUGUAAUCGGGAUAGCGGCAGCGGAUUUCAUUGGAGUUAUUGAUGGGAGCUGAAGCAUGUCAGCAGCGGGCGGAGCUGACGUUGUUGACAUUGCAUCAUCUUCAGACUCCGACAGGAAUGACUUGACAAUACGGGCAAUGUGUAAGUCUUUCUCCAGUUUCUUUAAGUGUCUGCGCCGUUCCAUUUCCCUUGCCAUAUUCUCCUUGGCAAGGUGAGUAUCCUCUUGUAGUCUUUGUCCUUCUUUAGCUUGUGCAUCCAAUCUCUUCGCCUCCAAGUCAGCUUUCCUUUCCUCCUCUAUUUCUUGCUGUAGGUCAGCAAGCUCCAAACCUUUAAUUCGCUCCUCUAGGGCAGCUGUUUGAACAUCCGGAAUAUUUUGGAGCAGUUGAAGCCCAUGCGAUCGCCGAGAGGAUCGACGUGAUGAAGCAGAUGACUGGUACCCUGAUGCACUCCUAGCUCUGGUUGGCCUUGCUUCACCGUGUUGUCCUACUGGUAGUGAGGAGAUUUGGGCAGCAGGCAGUUGAGAGGGAAGGAGGGUGACAUCGUAAGGGGCCAAAUGCUGUGGUAGUCGAAUGUCUCUCUUUGGCCUGACAGAGGGCUGGUGAUCAGCAGGUGAUGACUCCAUAGUGUCUGAUGGUGGAACUCUAUCCGGCUCGAAGGACCAAUGUAAGGAAGGGAUAGUAGUUCUUUUAGAGUUGGGACACGAUGGACAGAUUCCGGCCAGAGAAUCCUUUAAUCAUCUUUAUUGCAAUUAUGUGGUCUCUGUCGCCAUCUAAAGGCCAAACUCCACCAUCGCAGUUGCAAUGACGUUAAAUAAACUACACGUGAAUGUAAACGCCGUCAACGAGAAUAAUUAUCUCUCAAUUGACCCAAAAACAACUGAACUUAGCAUACGAUGCACCAAACAUUUGCAUAAGUAGCAAGGCACGACAUUCAGUUCAAAUGCUGUAACAGUAUGUGACAAAACUUACAUUUAGUCGUCAACGCACACAAGGCUGGCUGCCACCACUGAUUGAAACCGGCUAUUUGACAAAGACGUGCUUUAAAGGGGAAAUUACGUCACAGAUUGACCUAUCAACUUAAAGGCAUAGGAACAUUACAAAACUGCUUAAAGGCAUACAAUAGGCUUUCGUACAGUUAGUUUUUAUCCAAUCAGAAUUCAGCUAGCUUAUGUUGCCAUGCUGUACCAAAUCUACCCGGGGCCUUCACUAUCAACAAUGCGGGUGUUUGUGCAUUGUAAGUGUAACGGCCAUAUACAGGUGAUAGACAAUUGUGAUUGCCAAUCAGAUCACGAGUUGUUGUCAGUAAGGCCUUCUAGCUGGCCUUACGCUGUGAUUGGAUACUCACUUGGGACUCCCAAGUAUUCAAUCACAAGUUGCGAAAACAGGAAGUGGCACCGGAGCCAUACGAGCCAUAGAAAGCCACAGAAAACGCACCUGGACUCACAAAGAAGGAGAGCAAAUGUUGAUUAGGUGGCAAAUAAAUAUUUGCAAGGCCAUUUUCAAGAAGGAUACUUAAGAGAAACUACAUCUUGUGAGACGAGGUCGGCCGACACCGGAAGCUAUCCCGGCGGUGAAAUGGAUGCCCGCCACUUUCACACGAAUCAACCGACUACGACCAACUACCGACUACGAGUGGUACCACUGGCUUAUACGGCGUCGAAUGGUUGCUACAUAUUUCAUGCAGUUCCGCCGGCUUGUGUCCUUGGCUUGUGGCUGCCUGCUGCUCCUUGCCCUGAUAGGCAGGCUCCGCAGAGCAGAAAUGAUGACCUCAAGACACGCUCUGACAUUUGACGAGGUUUGUAAGAACCAGAAACGUCGGGAUGACGUCUCCCUCAGCAAGAUGGUCCUGGACAGCAUCCUGGUCUCGGAUCAACACAAAAUCUUGUUCUGUGAGACCCCCCAAGCGGGCGACACUGAAUGGAAGAAGCUCCUGAUUGCUGCUAGUGGAGCCUACCCCAGCGUGGAGGACAUCCCAGAGAACCUCAUUCACGACCACAAAAAUAACGGCUGGCCGCGCCUCUCAUCUUUGACGCCUCAGGAAAUAACGCACAGACUGAACACGUAUUUCAAGUUCAUCAUCGUGAGGGAUCCCUUCGAGCGUCUCAUCACGACGUUCGAGGACAAAUUCCUCUUCAGGAAACACACCGAACCUUGGUACCAGCACACCAUCGCCCCCGCCAUUAUCCACAGGUACCGCAAAUACUUCCCCUUCCUCGCUGAUACCGGUUUGACGUUUGAUGAGUUUGUGCGUUACCUGGGGGAUGUGGACGCCCGGGAGACCAUAGACUGGCAGUUUGGCAGGAACAUCGUCCACUGGGCCACCUACGCCGACUUGUGCGCGCCCUGUGACGUCCGCUACGACGCCAUAGGCCGCUACGAGACGCUGGAGCGCGACGCCACCCAGAUCCUGAGGAAAGCUGGCAUCGAGUGUGUGGCGUCCUCCCCGCUCAUCGACCCUGGCAUCACACGCGACAACAAGACCAAGGCGGAACGCUACUUCGCAGGAAUCAGCAAGCAGGACAUCAGGCGCCUCUAUGAGCGCUAUGAGGUGGACUUUCAAUUAUUUGGAUACCCCACACCUGACUUUCUACUCAACUGACAUUCCUUUUCAUUCUUAUGGGAUUUAUCAUACAACUCAAUUAUGAAAAUGAUGAUUGAUCUUUUUACAACACAGCUUCCUUGCCACCUAACCCUUGAUGCUGAGUGCCAAGCAGGGAGGUAAUGGGUCCCAUUUUUACAGUCUUUGGUAUAACAGUUAACAUGUGUCAGGUACCUACUACUAAGUUAUAUGCCUUUGAGCUGUUGGCCUGUUAAAUUGGCUAAAAUAGUGAGCAUGCUAUAAUGCUAACCUUAACAUGCUAACAAUUAGAAUGCGACAAGUACCAAAUCAUAAGACUGAGAAGGGUAUGCAUGUAAAAUCAGCUAAAAAUUUAAAAUACCAAUGUUAGCAUGUGUCAUGUACCAAGUCGUAUGACUAGGAAGUGUACACAUGUAAAAUUCGCCAAACAUUUUUCAGCAUGCUAAUAGUAAGCAGGUAUCAAGUACCAGGUUGUUUGACUCUUAGGUGUUUGGCUGCAAAAUUGGCUAAAGAAGUUACCAUGCUCAUGUUUAUAUGCUAGAAUGCUAAUGUUAGCAUGCUAAGAGUUAACAUGUGUCAGGUACCAAAUUAUAUGACUUUGUUAAUUUGGCUCAAAUAGUUUGCAUGCUAGAAUGCUAAGGUUAGCAUGCUAAUAGUUAGAAUGUGACAAGUACCAAGUCAUAUGACUGGUAAGCGUGCACAUGUAAAAGCAGCUAAAAAAGUGACCAUACUAAUGUUAGCAUGCUAACAUGCUAACGUUAGCAUGUGUCGAGUACCAAGUCGUAGGACUAGGAAGCGUAUGCAUGUAAAAUUAGCUAAAAAAAAGAAAAAAGUUAGCGCGCUAAUUGCGUGUUUCUAGUACCAGGUUGUAUGACUAUAUGGUGUGUGGCUGCAAAAUUGGCAAAAAAAGUUUAAAUGCCAAUGUGCUAGAAUGCUAAUGUUAGCAUGCAAACAGUUAACAUGUGUCAAGUACCAAGUUAUAUGACUUUGAGCUGUUCGGCAGUAAAAUCGGCAAAACAAGUUACCAUGCUAAUGUUAGUAUGCUAACAGUUAACAUGUGUCAGUAAUCAAGUUACAUAACUUUGAGCUUUUCAGCUAUAAAAUGGGCUAAUGAGCAACAUUAAAAUACAGUAGCUUAGUAGGCCUAAGUAUUUAUUUAAAACAAGGCAGAGGUUUUAUUUAACAAGUAUAUUUGUAUGCA